AAAUGUCAGCUGCAGCGGCACGUCUUCUCCUCCUGCCCUUCACCUUCCUCUGUGGACUUCCUCUUCUCUCACACAUGCCUCGUCUCAUCGUGUCACGACCACAUUGUGCGCCUCACGUCUUAAUGCCGCUUUAUUAGGGUCUUUUGCGCUUUGUUUUUAUCAUUUUAUCCGUAAAAGAUGGAGUGUCGAGUGCUGUCCAUUCAGAGUCAUGUUGUCAGGGGAUACGUGGGGAACAAGUCGGCGACAUUCCCUUUGCAGGUUCUGGGCUUUGAAGUGGACUCUAUAAACUCUGUACAGUUCUCCAACCACACUGGUUAUGACCACUGGAAGGGUCAGGUCCUAACUGCAGAGGAGCUGAAUGUUCUUUAUGAAGGAAUCAAGCUCAAUAAUGUCAACCACUAUGACUACAUCCUCACAGGGUACAGCCGAGACACGUCCUUCCUGGAGACAGUGGUGGAUAUUAUAAAGGAGCUCAAGAGGACCAAUCCCAAACUGGUGUAUGUUUGUGAUCCGGUUAUGGGAGAUCAAGGUGCUAUGUAUGUUCCAGAGAAUCUACUGCCAGUGUACAGAGACAAAGUUGUGCCUUUGGCUGAUAUCCUCACGCCCAAUCAGUUUGAAGCAGAGAUUUUAACUGGAAGGAAAAUUUACUCAGUAGAAGAUGCAAUAGAGGUGAUGGACUUGCUCCAUAAAAUGGGUCCAGAAACUGUGGUUCUGACCAGUACAGACCUGCCUUCAACACAAGGGGACCAGUACUUAGUGGCUCUGGGAAGUCAAAAAACAGUUAAAUCAGAUGGGACCAAUACCACUGAGAAAAUUUGCAUUGACAUCCCCAAAGUGGACGCUGUGUUUGUGGGCACUGGGGACUUGUUUGCUGCUAUGUUGCUCGCAUGGACUCACCACCACCCAAAGGAUCUGAAGUCUGCCUGUGAGAAAACCGCCUCUAUCAUGCAUCAUGUCAUCAAAAGAACAAUUAAGUACGCCAAUGAGAUGGCUGGCCCGGGGAAAAAGCCAAAUGCCGCACAACUGGAGCUGCGGAUGGUGCAAAGCAAAGCCGACAUUGAAAACCCUGCUGUUGUUGUAAAGGCUCGAGUUAUACAGAAGAAAAGUCAGUGAAGUUUUGCUGUUUUUAGUACGACACAUGUAGGAUUUUCUCAUCAAAGACUGUCCAGUGACUUUGCCUUACCGACUUCAAAACAGGUGCCACUAUGUUUCAAUAUAGUGGUUAGAAAUGUUUUCUUUACAUGAUCUACAAAACCAGUCUCUGUUAUUCUAUGGAUUAUUAUUUAUCCAUAUUCAAAAGAAUAACAGAACAUUUUUAACUGGUACCACAAAAAAUGACUGUUGCAUCUAUUUCCAUCAAAGACUCAAGGUUUAUAAGCACAUUCCAACAAAAAUAUACAAAAUGACAAAUGCAGAUCAGGUUAGAUUGUUGUCACCAAGUGAUUUAGCAUAUUAAUUUACACCAGAUGAUCUUCUAUUUGCAACCCUGUUUUUUAGGCCAGCGAUUAACACAAAUUAGUCUUGUGUUCACCUCUCCCCUGAUCAUCUAAUCACAAAAUGUGCUUACAAAUACUUAAGUGUAGACAUUAUGAGCUAAAAUAGAUGCCAUUAAAUUAUGCAAAAUAUGAAUCAUAUGAUAGGCCAGGUAGUUUAAUAUGUUGAUUACAUGUAUUCUUAUAACAAAUUAUUAAUAAAAGUGUAAUUUAUUAAUAAUUGUUUACUUUUACUAGUUAAUUUAAUCUUUUUUAUGUAUACAGUAUUGAAUGAAGUAGUGAGAUACUGUAUACCCUGAUAGAUCUAUGUCUUAACAUCUCAAAUUGAGGUACUUGCACAAUGACAUUUAAUACGGGAGUUGCUAUUAUUUUUUCAUAUCUCAUUGAAAGAGUUGGUAUGAGAUGACAUGUAGAAGCCUUAACACCAUUAGAAAGUGGAUGUUUAUGAAUCAGUAGUAAUGUAAUGUUAGAAAGUGAAGUGCCAACCCUUGACCUCCUGCUCUAAUCUAGAGCACCUUAAUGAAACUAUUGAUGAAUAAACAAUCUUUUAGUCAAA